GUGUUUUCAACAUUUUGCCAUGACGGACGCCCGCGUGCUCUCGAUCCAAUCCCACGUUGUCCAUGGCUACGUGGGCAACCGCAGCGCCGUCUUCCCGCUGCAGCUCCUCGGCGUCGAGGUCGACGUCCUCAACACGGUGCAUCUGAGCAACCACACGGGCUACAAGAAGUUCCGCGGGCAGCGCAUGGACGCAGCACAGCUCGAGGAGGUUGUCUUGGGCCUCGAAGAGAACGACCUGCUCAACUACUCGCACCUCUUGACGGGCUACAUUGGCAGCCCCGGUUUGGCCCACGCCAUCGUCAACACGCUCACGAAGCUCCGCGCCAAGAACAAGGACACGCUCUACGUGUGUGAUCCCGUCAUGGGCGAUGAGAACAAGCUCUACGUCCCGCGCGAGCUCGUCGACAUUUACCGCGACCAGAUCAUUCCGCUGGCCGACAUUGUGACACCCAACCAGUUUGAGUGCGAGCUUUUGACGGGUCUGCCCAUGACAUGCGACGCGGACGUCAUCCAAGCGUGUCGCCACCUCCAUGGCAUGGGGCCCAAGAUCGUCGUCAUUAGCAGCUUCCUCACCAGCGACGACGCCGAGACGCUCUUCAUUUAUGCCAGCGAGAAGAUCUCAGGCACAGACUUCCAGCAGUUCAAGAUGGAAAUUCCUCGCCUCCAGGAGUACUACUCGGGCACGGGUGACCUCUUUGCUGCGCUCCUCCUUGGGUGGCUCUCGAAACCCGAUGUGGGGCUGAAGGCGGCUGUCGAGAACAUUGUUGCGUCUAUCCAAGCCGUUCUCAAGCGCACGUCGGCUGCGCAAUCUGCGAACCGCGAGCUCAAGCUCAUCCAGAGCCGCCAUGACCUCGAGUUUCCCACGGUGACGAUCCAUGCAACGGCGUUUUAG